AUGCUCGGCCCUCGGUAUUUCACCACAUGGGGAUUCUCGACUGCGUUUGGUGCCUUUCAAAGCUACUACCAAUCCGACCUGUUGCGCGACAGCUCUCCGUCCCGAAUCGCCUGGGUCGGCACCGUCAGUGCCUUUCUACUCAUUUCCACUGGGGCUAUUGCCGGUCCCCUGUUUGAUCGUGGAUACUUGCAUCAUCUGAUGAUCGCCGGUUGCUUCUUGACUACUCUAGGACUCAUGAUGCUGAGUUUGUCCACCGAAUAUUACCAAGUGAUGCUUUCGCAAGGAGUGUGUGUGGGCUUAGGUAGUGGUCUGAUCUACGUGCCUAGCCUUUCUCUGAUUUCCACCCUCUUUACUACGCGACGCGGUAUUGCUGUUGGACUAGUCACCUCCGGCGCCAGUGUUGGUGGGGUUAUCUUCCCCGUCAUCUUUAUCCGACUUCAGCCGUCAAUUGGAUUUCCGUGGACAGUGCGUGUUAUGGGCUUCAUCCAGCUGGCCUGCUCGUGCAUCGCCAUCCCCCUUCUAAUGGCCACCACCAAAGCUCGCCAUGGUGCCCCUCGACAGCUCAUCCACUGGCAUGCCUUUCGGGAAUGGAGCUUCAAUGCCUACGCGGUCGCCAAUUUUUUCAUGUUUAUGGCCUACUUCAUCCCGCUCUUCUACUUACCCACCUUUGCCUCGGUUGCCCUGCACACCUCCACCGAGCUGAGUUUCUACAUGGUUUCAAUUCUCAACGCGGGCUCCGCCUUCGGUCGUAUCGGCUCCUCCUUGCUCACCCCUCAUCUGGGCGCCAGCACUGUUCUGCUCACUAGCGUCCUCGCCUCAGCCGUGAUCCUCUUCGGCUGGACAGGUAUCCACUCUAUCCCCGCUUUCGUCUUAUUCUGUGUCCUUUUUGGCAUCUUCUCCGGGGUAUUAAUCUCCGCCAACCCAUUGGUCAUCGCUCAUCCCAUUGUCUCACCAACGCCCUCGGUUAUUGGGACGCGCAUGGGUAUGCAGUGGUUUGCCACUAGUCUGGGGGUGCUGAUUGGAGCGCCGAUCGCAGGUCUUAAUGAGGGUCAUGGGGGAGAUAACGGCUUCCUUGGGUUGCAGAUCUUCAGUGGAAUGGCAAUGAUAGUGGGAGCUGCGUUUCUCCUCGUACCAAUUAUGGCGAUUUGGCGUCACGAUAAACCCGUUUGA